UAAGUAGGUAGGUAUACUACUUGGUUCAUAAACUAUGCAAACGGUACGGAUUCGGAUUUGAUAAGAGAAAAUGAAAAUUGAAAAUUAGCGUGGAAACUGAGCAUUUCGCGCUGAUUACACUCGGAGUUGUUUCCUACAAUUCGUUUUAGCACCGUACUCAAUGUCUGCUUUAGCGAUAUAUUCUUUAGCGAUAGCAGUGGCUAUAUUCCACGUAAGUAACAUAAAUGGAAUGAAGGAUUCUGACAUAAAAAACGUUUUGGGACAGCUGUACAAAAAAGGCUCUCUACGUUCGCCUUUGGAUCAAUCACUAGAAAGGGAUGAAUAUGGCAAUGAUGUUCAAGAACUGCUUGAAAACAUCGCUCGAAGUCCGCAAGUCCAAAUAGGGUUCCCUGACAAAGACAACGAACUUCUAAUAAAUGAAAAAGAGCGAAAGGAUAAACAUGGCCGGCAUCGAUAUUGGCCGUGGACGCAGAUUCUGUAUGUUAAACCUGCGUGGUUGAAGUCAGUUUAUACUCCACGGAAGCAAAAUUAUCUUAUGAAUGACAUGGAACAAGAAGAUGGUGAUAAAGAUCUUGGUGACUACUCCAAGGUCUACUUGGUACUGGAUCCAGAUGCUGAUAUAACUGAGGCAGAUGUUAGAGAUUUAAGCAACAUGGUGUCAUCAGUUCUUGAAAAACCUAGCACCCAAAGAAAGUCUUCGCUAAAAGAUCUUAUCCAAAAGAAACGUCGAUAUAAAGUUUUUAUAAUAAAAGAUAAUAGUCGAAGACGAAUGCGAGAUUCAAAAGAAAAGUACGAGGAAAAAGAUUCAAUAGAACGAGAUUACAUACCGAAGAGAUCCCGAGCAGAAUACGGUGGAGGCGGUGGAGGUCGGACUGCAAUACCUUACAUCGGACAUCGAGGCGAUAUAUUUGAGAGAGCAUAAGUUGCACUUUUUAUUGUUGAAAGAUUUUCUUCUCCUUUCAAGCAAAUGAUUAUAAUGAAAACUAUAAUUUUCGUUAAACUAAAGUUCUUCGUCAUUAAUUGUGUUAGCAAAAGUGUGUCCGUCUAUUAUUUUUCAAGGCGAUCUUGACAAUAAUAUAGGCAUAUGAAGAUAAAUUCAGAUUGAUCAGAUGAAGGCGUGGACAACGGUUAGAUAAUUUAAUAUGAGUAUAAUUACCUAAUUAUAAACUAAUCUUUGAUCUUUACCAAAUUAAUAUUGUAGGCAGGUUUUUCACACCCGAUGCCAGUGCCAGUUUAUAAUACUUAAGAUUAGAUAAUAGCCGCUUAUUCGUCCGUGUGGAUAUAGUUUUAAAAAAUCCCGUGGAAAGUCUUCGAUUUUCCGGCUUAAAAAGUAGUCAAUGUGGUGAGUCAUUCAUUCAGUCACUGUCGCGAGGAUAUCCAAACCAUCCAUAAUUUCACAUAUUUUGUAAUAUUAGUAAGAUUAACGAUAAAAUAAAACUUCAUUAUGGAUUUAAAUGCUUUACUAAUGCAUAUUUUCUAUAAUUUAUUAAGAGUAUAUCACAGUCAUCACUUUAAUAAGUGCAUCAAUAUAAAUAGUUUACUCCUGUAUUAAUACAAUUAAGUAGGUACCUAUGUAUGUAUAAAUUGAAUUUCUAUGAAGUUAUUAAUAAAUAGUUUGACUAGAAUUUACUUAUACAAUGAAUGUUUUAAAUAAAAAUAUUGAUGCUUAUAGUUAUACAUAUCUGCACUAUUUUAUAAAAAGGACGAAUUUCACCAUAAUUAGGUACUUACUUUGACAACUGAACAAUAUCAAUUUUAUUUACCCAGUGACUUUUUAUGAAGAAAGAUUAACUUAUCCAUUAUGUAAGCAGUGAAAUUACAUCAAGGAUAGUAAUAAUAAUUAUCUCCAAAGAAGGCUGUUGUUAUUAUUUUGAAUAUUUUUGCCAAUAUCAUCAGUAUCUAUUUCAAUUACUGCGCCACUCAGGCGUUGUCCAAAUACAACGCGAUUAUAAUCGUGCGAGUAAGCGACCAUCGCGUCGCGUGUUCGCUGCGAGGUGUCGUAAUAAUUUUCGAAUUUGCUAUGAUCGCGCUUUCGCGUUCCAUAUACGAUUCCAUACAGCACGAGUAAAAAAAACUAUUUCAUUGUAGUAUAAAUGUAUUUCUUAAUCAUCUCUUAUAUUAAAAGAAAAUCAUAGCUUUGAUGAAGAUACCUAAAAGUACAAGGUAAUUAUUUGUAACAUAUUUUUGUAUUCGCCCUUUCUAUUAAACAAUUUUAGUAACCAUACUAAGUAAAAUGGUGCAUUAUCAAUGUUUGGUGUUCUACAAUCAGUGUGAAUCCUAUCUUAUAUUUGUGCUGAUAAAUGACAUCCCAUUCUCACUAUUGUUAGCACACACUAAUAUAUUUAUUUUUAUGAAUUUGCUUCGCACUCAGCAAAACCUAUAUCCGACGAGUGACGUUUUAAUUUGAGUGCAAUGAAUAAAGCAAAAAAACUUUACCUACGGAUUGUAGAUAACCAUUGUAAAAAUUAAACUCAGUAUUGAAAUUUGGAAUAUUAUUUGAAAACUUAGAAUUUAGUUUUUUAACAUAGUAAUAUAACUUUCAGUAACACAAUACAAUAUGUCAUGCUCUCAAUAAUAUGGACAUAUUACUUACAGUAUAUCGCAAUUACAGUGAAUCACGUAAAAUUAUUUAAGCAAAAAAUGGUAAGUUAGGUACUGUGUUUCAUACAGCUUCUUGAAUGGCAUAAUAUAUUAUCUAAUUAAAUAUAGUUCUAUAGAUAAUAAAUGUCGCUAUUUAAAUUAUCUUAAUUACCUACGUAACUAAGUAACUAUAAAUAUUAAUAGUAAUUGAUCCUUUGAUAAAUAUAUUUUGGGACUUAAACAAUAA